GCCGCGCGGGGCCCCAUGGCGCGCCGCCUGCACGCGCGGGGGGCCGCGGGCUCCCGGGCGCCGCCUGAGCCGCCGCCGCACCCCGCCGCGGCCGGGGACCCCGCGGCCGCCGCGCGCGCGCUGCUGCGCUGGGACGAGGUGCCCGACGACUUCGUGGAGUGCUUCAUCCUGUCCGGCUACCGGCGCCUGCCCUGCACCGCGCAGCAGUGCCUGGCCUCGGUGCUGCAGCCCACCAACGAGACGCUCAACUUCUGGACGCACUUCAUCCCGCUGCUGCUGUUCCUCGGCCGCUUCGGCCGCCUGCUCCUGCAGGGCGGCGACCUGCCCUUCCACCACCCGGGGCUGCUGCCGCUCUGGUGCUACGCGUCGGGGGUGCUGCUGACCUUCGCCAUGAGCUGCACGGCGCACGUGUUCAGCUGCCUGUCGCUGCGCCUGCGGGCCGCCUUCUUCUACCUGGACUACGCGUCCAUCAGCUACUACGGCUUCGGCAGCACCGUGGCCUACUACUACUACCUGCUGCCCGGCCUCAGCCUGCUGGACGCGCGUGUCAUGACCCCCUACGUGCAGCAGCAGCUGGGCUGGCACGUGGACUGCACGCGCCUCAUCGCCGCUUACCGCGCGCUCGUGCUGCCCGUGGCCUUCGUGCUGGCCGUGGCCUGCACCGUGGCCUGCUGCAAGAGCCGCACGGACUGGUGCGCCUACCCGUUCGCGCUGCGCACCUUCGUCUUCGUCAUGCCGCUCAGCAUGGCCUGCCCCAUCAUGCUGGAGAGCUGGCUCUUCGACCUGCGCGCGCACAACCCCACGCUCUUCGUGCACUUCUACCGCCGCUACUUCUGGCUGGUGGUGGCCGCCUUCUUCAACGUCAGCAAGAUUCCCGAGCGCUUCCAGCCGGGCCUCUUCGACAUCGUGGGCCACAGCCACCAGCUCUUCCACAUCUUCACCUUCCUCAGCAUCUACGACCAGGUGCACUACGUGGAGGACGGGCUGCGCCAGUUCCUCCGGGAGCCCCCUGCCGCGCCCACCUUCUGGGGCACGGUGGGCUACAUGCUGCUGCUGGUGGUGUGUCUGGCGCUGGUCAUCAGGAAAUUCCUGAACCACAGCGAAUUCUCCAGUAAAAAACCACAGCAGUGAGCUCAUCCGGCAUUUGUCCUCCUCCCCCUGCUGUCGAAGAGAGCUAGAGAUCAUUUAAAAUGUAUGAGCAUGCAAAUACCUACUGGUGACCUACAAAACUCAAGGAAAGAUUUU